AACCUUUGACUGGUUAGAUGUAACGCCACUCCAAAGAGUCAUGCGCAAAUCGCAUGUGGCGCAAAGGGAGAGAGGAGGAGUAAACAGCAGUGAGUCACGUAGCUAGUUAGCCUUCAAAAGCCAGCUAUGUCAUGCCAAGAGGAUGGAUUGCCGUCAAUAGAAAAAUGGAAAUGAGUAACAGUGAGUGCUUCGGCUGUGGCCGCUCUGGACACUGGGCUAAGAAUUGCCCCAAUGCUGGAGCUCGUAGUGGAGGAGGUGGUGGUGGUGGUGGUGGUCGUGGCAGGGGCAGAGGAAGAGGAAAGGAUCUUUUCUGCUACCGAUGUGGAGAACAGGGACACAUUGCCAGGGACUGUGAACAGACCGAGGACGCGUGUUACAACUGCCACAGGAGUGGUCAUAUUUCCAGGGACUGCAAGGAGCCCAGGAAGGAGAGAGAGCAGUGCUGCUACAACUGUGGCAAGGCUGGCCAUGUGGCCCGGGAUUGCGACCAUGCCAACGAGCAGAAGUGCUACUCUUGUGGAGGCUUCGGUCACAUCCAGAAGCUCUGUGACAAAGUGAAGUGUUACAGGUGUGGUGAGAUAGGCCACGUUGCUGUUCAGUGCAGCAAAGCCAGUGAGGUGAACUGCUACAACUGUGGCAAGACUGGCCACCUGGCGAAAGAGUGCCCCAUUGAAGCCACCGCAUAAACGGUUACCUCUGAUGCCCCUCCUUUUUUUCUGAUUGAUGGUUGGUUGUAUUAUUUUUCUCUGAAUCCUCUUCAUUGGCCAAAGGUUGGCAAACAGAGGCUAGUCCCAGGCCAGUGAGCUUCUUGACAUGUACAAAAGAAGCAAGGGGUGGAAAAAAAAAAUCUUUCUGCAUUCAAUACAAAAAAAAAAUGUUUGUUUAGUUUGGUAGAGGUGUUCUGUAUAAUGCUUUGUUAAAGAUCCCCCUUCAACGUCACUGGUGAACAGAGAUCAACGUCACGGGACAAAAGUGCUAUGUUGGUCGUCUGAGCUCAAAGACGACGCGUGCCUCAGCAAGAUGAACUGGAAGUUAGGAAGCCAGUACUUCCAAGUGUGUUUUUUUUUUUUUUUUUUUUUUUUUCCUUCAGUGGGGAAAUGAGUUGGCUUAUGAGUUUUUUGUUUUUUUUCAAUCCAUCUUAAUCUGGGCCCACCAAGCAGUAUGCAGUGAAAUGGGCAUUAACAGAAGCAUAACAUAUUGAUAAUGAUAACAUUUUUGGAAUAUUAAGAUCGUAAGUUCUUUUAUAAAGGUCAUCUUGUUUGCAAGUUCAGCAAACCUUUUGGUUGUUAAACGCUUGUUGAACUUGAAGGUUGAACUUUCUAAAAAGCCAAUUUAUGAAACGUCUGCCUUGGGGGGGAGAAAAAACAUCAAGAAUUACAGAAUGACUUGUGAAAUUAGCAGUUAUUUGCAUAAGGAGAAUGUUUUCACAGAAAUCAAAAAUAUUAUUUUUGUACAAUAUCACUAAGACUACUGUAAAAAUAUCAUUUGCUUGUACUCAGUUUUUAAGUCAGAAGGAAAAUGCAAUUGAAGUCCUAGAAACAUAAAAUGUAAUUUUAAACUAUCAAUAAACCUGGAGGAGGUUGGAAGGUAAACAACA